UGCCGGGCCGGCGGGGCCCGGGCAGAGGCCGCAGGAUGCUGCGGGGAGGCCGCGGCGCCGCGCUGGCCCGCCGCUGCCUCAGCUCGGCGCCGGAUGGCCUGAAGCGCACGCCGCUGCACGACCUGCACCAGGCCCGCGGCGGCAGGAUGGUGCCCUUCGCCGGCUGGAGCAUGCCCGUGCAGUACGGGCCCGGGCACCUGGAGUCCCACCUGCACACGCGCCGCCACUGCUCCCUCUUCGACGUUUCCCACAUGCUGCAGAGCAGGGUGUAUGGUCGGGACCGCGUGAAGUUCAUGGAGAGCCUGGUGGUCGGGGACAUUGCGGAGCUGAAGCCGGACCAGGGCACCCUGACCCUGCUGACCAACGAGAAGGGUGGCAUUGUGGAUGACCUCAUUGUGACAAACACAUCAGAUCACCUCUACGUUGUGUCCAACGCAGGCUGUGCGGACAAGGACUUGGCCAUCAUGAAGGACAGAGUGAAGGAACUGCAGGCUGCUGGCAGCGAUGUGCACCUGGAAGUCUCGGACAAUGCUCUGUUGGCUCUGCAAGGUCCCUCCAUGGCACGAGUGUUGCAGGCAGGACUUUCCAAUGACCUAGCCAAAUUGUCCUUCAUGAACAGUGCGACAAUGACAGUCUUUGGCGUGCCGGGCUGCCGAGUCACGCGCUGUGGCUACACCGGCGAGGACGGUGUGGAGAUCUCGGUACCUGCAGCACAGGUGGUGGAGCUGGCUGAGAGGCUGCUCAGUGACCCCGAAGUGUGGCUGGCUGGGCUCGCAGCCAGGGAUAGCCUGCGGCUGGAGGCAGGUCUCUGCCUCUACGGGAAUGACAUUGAUGAGACAACCACACCUGUGGAGGCCAGUUUGGUGUGGACCUUGGGAAAGCGCCGGCGUACAGCCAUGGACUUCCCCGGUGCAGCCGUGAUCAUGUCGCAAAUCAAAGAGAAGCCAAAGCGCAAGCGCGUGGGUCUGACCUCUGUGGGGCCCCCCAUCCGGCCGCAUAUGGCCAUCCUGGGUCCUGAGGGCAAGCUUAUAGGCACGGUGACCAGCGGGUGCCCCUCGCCCUCCCUGCGCAAGAACAUCGCCAUGGGCUACGUGGAGGCUGCGUACAGCCGCGCAGGCACAGUGCUCACCGUGGAGGUGAGGAAGAAGCACCACUCAGCUCUCGUCGCCAAGAUGCCCUUCGUGCCCACCCACUACUACGUGGCCAAGUGAGGCCUGGCACCUGGGGAGGGCACCGGCAUCCCUGGCGUUAUUAAACACCGAUGCCCCGUG